AUGUUUAAGUGUAUAUAUCACGAAGACGGAGUCAUAGGAAUUAUUUGUGUUGUUAUCCUAUUCAUUUGCAAUACGUCUUCUGUGUCUUCAGGAUAUAACUUUGCCUUUAAAGUGUUCCCUGUAACAAAAUGUCCGAUGAGCAAAGAAGAAUGGAACAUGGCAUCCAUUCGGUUGAAAUGUAACACAACUCAUGGAUACCACUGCGUUCCUGAUAAAUAUUUUACAUCACUCAUUGAAUUCUGCUACCCUCAAGGCUUUAGAUUGCCAUUUGAAAAAGGAAAUUGCUUAGAACUGGCAGCUGAUGGCAUUUUAAACCAUGUCCCGUGUGCCAACACUUUUUCUAGUGGUUGUCCUGACACUUUUUACUUCAGCAAUGAACUUUACAAAUUUCCUAAGUGUUUGACGAUAAAUACUGGUUUGAGAUGUUUUGAUGCUGAUAUUGAAUGCAUUUAUUCACGUUUAACGAACAACAAGACAGUGAAUCAAGAAGAAAAAAGUACAACCGGUUAUAACAAUGAUGGAAAUCUAAAGGGAAACACGGAUUCAGACAACUCGACCUUGAUAGUUGUGACAAUAUUUCUUAUAGGAAUGAUUAUUUUGUUGCUUGUUCUAACAGCAGCUUUCAUUUACAAACGUAGAAACAAACAGAAACGAAACCAAGGGGAAAUGUCCAAAAAUGAAGGAAAUGAAGAGGAAAGACUUCUGAUGGAAAACAAGACAGCUAUCAUUAAGGAAGAAAAAACAAAAAGAAAGGAAUUCGAAGGAAAUGAGGAGAUUCGAAAAAUACACAAAAUUAUAAGCGAUGGGGAUGAAAAUGCAUUUAAUUCGUUUAUAAGUCAUCAAAGUAAUACAAUGAGUCUCAAAAAAACAGACGUUAGGGGAUUCAACAGUUUACAUAUUGCUGCUAAAGGAAGUAAUCUUAAAAUAUUUAAGAAGAUCAUAGAAUGCGAGGUGAGUAUUGAUUCAGAAGUGAUGAACGAUAAGCGAAAUUGUAUGCACAUUGCUGCAUAUUAUGGAAACAAUCCGAUCUGUGAUCACCUUCUAAAAAAGUACGACUAUUUGUUUAAAAAGAAAGAUAAGUAUAAUAUGAAUCCGGCACACUGGGCGGCGUUAGCAGGACAGACGUCGAUUUUGGAGCUUAUGAUGGGACACAAUUGUGAUUUGUCUGUAAAAACAGAAAAAUAUGAAGAAAAUAUUGUUUUAUUCGCUUGCAUGGGAAAAAGUUUACCGGUUUGUGAAUUUGUUUAUUCUAAGGAAAAAAUUGCUUGGGUGUUAGAAGCAACAAACAAGGAAGGAUGGAAUUCAAUUCAAUAUGCAGCAAAAGCUGGGGAUCUUGAAGUAUUCAGAUUCCUUGUCGAGAAAGGAGUAGAUAUAAGAAACAAGUCAAAACAAACUGGAAAGAAUUGUUUGCAUACUGCAUGUGAAAAAGGUCAUGUUGACAUUUGUAGGUAUAUAUUGGAAAACAGUCCAGACUUAAUCCAUGAUAAAGAUAAAGGCAAACAACAUGUCGGGCACUUUGCAGCAAAAAGUGGCAACACUGAAAUAUUGAAGUUACUCAUAGAAAAAUUAGAAAUUGAUGAUUUAAUUAAAGCAACUGAUGAUAAUAUAAACAUCCUACAUAUAGCAUGCAAAUUUGCAAGAAAAGAAAUGUGCAAAAUGAUAUGUGAAAAUUUUCCUUCUUUGGUGCAGGAAAUGACUGAAAAAGGAUGGCAAGCUGCCUUAUUUAUCACGGAACGAGCAGGAGCUGAAAAUGAUCGAAUAAAUAUCUUGGAAUUUCUCGUUUCGGAUUAUAAGCUCGAUGUCUAUCAUGUAUCUAGAUCGGGAAAGACCAUUUUAUACAAUGCAUGUGUUAACAUGUCUCCUAACCUUGUUGAAUAUUUGCUAGAAAAUUUUCCAGACCUGCCGGAUAUUGAGAAGUCUAUGAACCCUUUCGAGGCAGCAAAAUCAAAAGAGAUCGACGACGUUGUACGGAAACAUUAUGAAACAAAGACAUCUUAGCAAGAAAUAAUCAACCUUAGUCCAUUUCUUCUAUUGGGUCUGUACAUGUAUUGUACUGUACCAAUCAGACCCAAGUUGACACCCAACCAGUCCCGGAAAGCAGUCCCUGGAACUAUCCCUUUCAAUUUAGACCACAUUUAAAAACUUAAUUGUCUGCCCUUGCCAUUAUAUUUUAACAGGAAUCAAACAUUCUAAAUAUUUCUAUUAAGAUCAUGUACUAGUAAUUGGGCUGGAGGCAUAUUAUAUAUAAUCUAGAGUUUAUUUGACCAGAAGUGCAAUUCAAUACUAAGAUGUACCAUUGUAUAUCGUCCGUCUCUCUGUAAAAAAAUGAUACUCUGGUUGUAACUUGGAAUACAACUAGACUACUCAAAGAUUCAUAACUUAGUGCAUCAGUUUUUAUUUAGAAAUAUAUGUUUUCAUCAUAUUGAUAUUUCCACCAAGCCAGAUUUAGACUUAUGUUUGUAUGCUCUUUCUCAACUUGCUCUUAAAAUAUUUGGUCAGAAUGUACUUUUAAUCAUGAGUUUUGACAGAAUUCCUUUGCUUAAGUUUAAUGAAAAUUGCCAAUUUAAACAAUAUUUGAUUACGAAUAAACAUCAAAGAAUUGGACUUAAAAAACUUGAAAACAUGUCACAGUGCGUCGUAUGAAAUAUUUGUAUAAAUGAAAAAAAGUUACAUUUAAAAUUCCAUAAAAUUAUAUAUUUUAAACUGUGUGUCAAUGCCGUUUUUAUUUUUAUUUUAUUUUUUGUAUAUAAUGAAAUUGUCCCUUUUUAUUCAUAAGAUUCACUCCAUAUCUUUA